CUCACUGGAUUCUCAUUCUUCUUGCAGGAUCUUCAUAUCGGGAAGGAGAUCAUUCCCAUUUUGGUGCUUAUUGGUGUGUUGGUAUACUUGGGCUCUUUUGAGCUAGGGAUGGGAGGAAUACCAUGGAUCAUUAUGUCUGAGAUGUUUCCAAUAAACAUAAAGAGUUCAGCUGGAAGCCUUGUGACAUUGGUCAACUGGAUGAGUUCUGGGGUUGUAUCUUAUGCUUUCAACUAUGUACUUGAGUGGAGCUCAGCAGGGACAUUCUUCAUAUUUGCAGUCAUAUGUGGUAUGGGAAUUAUAUUUAUUUAUAAGCUGAUUCCAGAGACGAAGGGGCGUACACUUGAAGAAAUCCAAGCAUCUUUUACUCAUAUCCAACAAUAAGAAAAAUUUUGUGAUAUAUGGCAUCCAUCAUCAAUGUAUAUAAUCACAAUCUGAUAAGUUUGAACUUUGAGAAUGCAAUCACACAAGGACAAUAGCCUUUAGGCCAACCAACACUUCUUGUCAUCUUCAAGAUCUGAAUUGUAUACAAAUAUACAAGAAGGCUAGAGCAAUGGGCCCCUUCAAACUUAUGUUGGGUGAAUGAAGUCCAACUUGAGUUUGGUGAAAGAGGUAUGACUAAUUGUGCUAUAAUGAAAGCUUGAAUGCAAAAAUGGACUGUAAAAAUGAAAUCAGAAAACAAAAAUUAGCUCACUUGGGUCACAUGAAAAAGAAUGUAAUCGUCCAUAAAGAGAUUUCCAACCGAAGUGUCCUGGCCUUGCUCAUAAUGUUUACUUGGGCUUCAAGGUCGGACAUAUUUUCAAACCAAGAAAUAGAGCUCAUUCAUCUGUUUCGUCUCUAUAGACAUCCACUGACUUGGGCCUUAAAGUCUAAUGUGUAGUCGAUGAGAGUUUUCUAUAUCCAUUCAUGGAAUUCAACCCAGAAA